GGUUUGUAGGGAGGAAGCGCUUGGGUCUUGGAGGGCGGGGGUAGCCACGCUGGAGGUCGCCAUGGCUACCGAACCCGGGGUCUCAGCGCCGUCGAUACCUUCUCUUGUGGAUCGUUACUUCACUCGGUGGUACAAGGCGGAUGUCAAAGGAAAACCGUGUGAGGACCACUGUAUCCUGCAGCACUCUAACCGAAUAUGUGUCAUCACACUGGCAGGAUCUCAUCCAGUUCUUCAAAGUGGAAAAACGAUUAAAAGCAUUUCCUAUCAGAUCAGUACCAACUGUAGCAGACUUCAGAACAAGGUCUCUGGGAAAUUUAAGCGGGGGGCACAGUUUCUAACAGAACUUGCACCUCUGUGUAAGAUUUACUGCUCAGAUGGAGAAGAAUACACCAUAUCUAGCUGUGUUAGAGGACGGUUGAUGGAAGUGAAUGAAAACAUUCUCCAUAAACCAUCUAUUCUUCAAGAGAAGCCAUCCACUGAAGGCUACAUUGCAGUUGUGUUACCCAAAUUUGAAGAAAGUAAAAACAUAACAGAAGGGUUACUGACCCAAGAACAAUAUGAAGAGGUUGUGGGGAAACGCAUUAACGUCACAACAGCUACACUGUGAGGAUUGAAUUGGAGUUAAAAGCAGCACAGAGUCUUAUCCUUCCUUAUGUGGCCUAAACAAUCAGAGCACUAAAGGAAAAGAACCAGUAUAUAUGUGAAGUAGGAGCAGAUUAACCAGUAAGCAAGGUAUGCAUGGGCUUACUUGUGUUUACGUAACUAAUCUGUAGUGCACAGUUUCACAUGGGUGCACAAAACAGGUAAAAUUAUGCACUGCAGAUUAGUAAGUAAGCCCAUGUGUACCUUGCUCAUUGAGUAAUCCGUCCCUGAUGUGAAGCAUAUGUCUUCACACCCAGCUAUCUGCAGGAGAGGCCUGAGCCUUCACUUACCCUCGUUUUCCCUCUCUCCCAUUUGUAACAAGCCUUGGUUCCCCUUUUAUUUUCUGCCUCCCAGAUCUGCCCAUGUACUCUGUUACUAUCCUGCUUCUUUUUUACUAACAAGUGGCCAGCAAGGGGUGUUUUUCUCAUUUGUCUUUUUUUUAACGCACUUUGAGGAAAAUUUGGAAAACACAAAAGUUUUAAGUAGCAAAGUAAAAAUAAUUUACCUAUCAUCCUGAAGCUCAGAAGUAAAUACUACAUUUUGACAUUUUUCUGUUGGAAUGUUAUAGCAUGGCUAUUGUUUUUGCCUCACUUUCCAUCAGUUUGAAGUUUAAAAAAAAAAAAAAAAAAC